AAAGGAGUGGUCUUUUUAGUGAUAGCACGCUGUUCUGUUCCAAUGUGGUCCUUUCUUGGGUUUCGAAUCCCAAAGGCUGUUCCAUGGUCCACGUCUCGAUGCAUUUGGGCUCAGUCGCCAGACACAUGGACCACUUGAGGCACAGGUCACGUGUGCCGAUGCAUACUCCAGUGGAGUCAGAGACGAAUGACUGGACCGCCGAUUGGGAGAGCCGUAUGGAUGCACUCCUGCUCGCCAAUAACGAGCGGCUUCUCCGAAAGCUGGACGAGCUUGGCAAAACCACGUGCAAGGUGGAGGACGGCGGUGAGGGAACUCUUUCAGGAACGUUAUCGUCCUAUUGGGAGGCCCAGCUCAGCGCGUCAACUCCUAUGCCUUCCAGCCCAAGGGCACGGCCGCCGAGUGUGAUUCAUGCGGAGAUUCCUGAAAACAAAGCGGUGCCUCCCAACUUCCGGGAUCGAGAGAAGGCAAGCUCCUCCCGCCUCUCUCGUUCCUCCUUGGCCUCUGGUCGCUCCCGACUGUCCAAGCAGUCGGCGACGGCCUCGACUGUGUCGGACUCGGUCUUCGGGCGGAUGUUCCACGUGACGCGGAAACCGCGAGUGUCCAUGACCUCCUUUGAUACGAAUGAAGAACAGAUGCACAAAGAGACCCUCAGGGAGUCCCAGAAGAAGCGGAGGACACAACAGCAGGAGCUCAAAUCGAUAGAGACUGGUGGUUCAGGGGCGCUGCUUCGUAAGAGCUUGCUGGGGUGGAUGAGGAGUGUGGUCGCUUCUUGGAGCUUUGAAGCCUUCUUCGCUUUGGCCAUUUUCUCCAACUCCAUUUUUAUUGGUGUGGAGGUGCAUUAUGCAGCACAUCAUGCCAACAGCUCGAUGCCACCCGUCUUUUUCUACAUUGACCAGAUCUAUGCAGGUCUCUUUUUGGUCGAGCUCGUGCUGCGAGUCAUGGCAGAAGGAAGGCCAUUCUUCUUCCGCUCUCCGAACCUCGCAUGGAACUACUUGGAUUUGAUGAUCAACGCCACCUCAGUCCUGAAUUUGGUCUCCGCGGUUGCCAGCACCUCUAGUGAGGACACUGAGACCAUCAAGGCAUCUGGAAACAUGCGCAUUAUCCGCAUCCUCCGAUUGACGAGGGUCAUUCGAGUCGUACGGAUUGUGAAGAUUGUUCGCUUUAUCAGGGCCCUCAGGUCUUUGGUGCAUUCGAUCUUCGGUACCAUGAAGGUCUUGCUUUGGUCGGUCCUUCUCCUGAUCAUGAUCAUGUAUGUCUUCGCCAUCGUGUUUACCGAUGUCAGUAACGAAUAUUCAAGCGGCUUCGAAGAGAUCAGCGAAGAGCAUUCUCAAUUCUUGCGGAAGCACUUCUUUGACCUGGAGCGAUCGAUUAUCACAUUGUUCCAAAGUAUUUGCAACGGGCUCAAUUGGGGUGACGUUGCAGACAAGCUGAAUGAGCUCAGCCGUGUUUGGGGCUAUCUCUAUAUAAUUUAUAUCGCAUUCUGCAUGUUCGCAGUCCUGAAUGUGAUGACUGGUAUGUUUUGCCAAUCUGCGAUUGAAAGUGCCGAGCGAGAUCAAGAACUGCACAUCCAAGCAGUCCUGAGCACGAAGCAACAGCAAAUCGAGACCUUCAUGUCCAUGUUCGAAAUGCUUCAGCAAGACCUGGGUCGAAGAGCGACCGGCAAUUUGACCUUCAUGGAAUUUGAGGAACUCUUUGACAAACCACACAUUCGUUCCUUUUUCGAGGCCUUGGAUGUGGAGACGAAGGAUGCAUGGACCCUCUUCAACCUCAUGGAUAUCUCAGGCAGUGGUGAUUUGGAGGCCUCGGAGUUCGUCGAAGGGUGCAUGCGCCUCAAGGGCCCCGCCCGCGCCAUCGACGUCUCCCUGCUUUUACGCGAGCAGCGACGCACGCGGAAGAAGCUCUUGGGCAUGGAGCAGCUGCUUCUGAAGCUUUCGGGCGAGCGCAAAGUCCACUUGCCAGAUGUGCCAGAACAUGUGUCUAUCUAACUGUUUCGCGUUUCACUCACAGGAAUGACUUUUUGUGAACAAGGAUGGCGGUAAGCCCUUGUGGCGCCCCAAGAAAC